UCUACUAUUUGUUGACCGAUUGUAUGGAAAAAUAUUGAUUGACAAUAUUAAACAAACUAUUUAUUUUAGGAAAUAUUUUGGUAUUAUGCAGGGUUACAGCAAAUUAAUUUAUAAUAAAAUAUAAGGAAUACAAUCAAAAAUGUUAAAAUAUUAAUACGAUGAGGUUGGCAUGAAAUUACACAGAUACGUCUUUUACAAAUGGAUUUUUCAGUUGACACGCGUCGUUACAGAAAAACCUCAAAGCAAUUGAUGCAAUAUUAUUCUCCGUCUAUAAAACAUCACUUCAUUUCUAGGUUUUCUAGGUUUCUCCGUUUUUCUGUCUCCGUCAACUGCAAAGAGCCAUGUCCGAAAAUUCAAGCUUUAUGGAUGAUGGGAAGCGACUCAAAAUCGACACCAAAGCUCAAACCCAGAUGAACAAGUGUGGUGAGGCAAGUUUUGCGGGAGGUGAUGAAGAUCGGAUAAGUCAGUUAUCAGAUGGCAUUCUUGUCGAUAUAAUCUCUCUCCUACCGCUCAAGGAAGCAGGUCGAACCAGCAUCCUUUCACCCCGUUGGAAAAACCUUUGGAAACGCACACCCUCUCUCGAUUUCGAAUCUCAAAAUGCAUACCGACCAAACCUUAAAAAGUUACUUAACUGGGUGGACUCCGUUAUCAAAUCGCACAAAUCUCCUGCAUUGAAAGAUUUCAGAAUCUGUUUUCCUUUAGACAGAUCGUCCGAUGAUUCAAUCACCCGUUGGCUCGAAUUCGCAUUCUCCAAACAAGUUGAGAUGCUGGAGUUGAACUUCGAGAGCUACCCGUUUUGUUACUAUUGGUACGAAUAUUAUCGUUUCCCGAAGGAGUUGUUUGCACCAAUGUGUUAA